AUGGUAGGAGCAUUUCUGGACAUACAGGGGACGUUUAAUCGCACCUCAACCGAAACGGUAACUGAAGAGGCAAUCAAGCAGAACGUGCCGAGGCCGCUGAUUCAGUGGCUCGAGGGCAUGCUAAACUGUAGGACUAUGGUGUCAAAACUAGGAACCACUAUGGUUACGGGUGUAGUCAGCAAAGGAUGUGCGCAAAGGGGGGUGGUGUUCCCCACCAUCUGGAGUGCCGUGGCAAAUGGUCUGCUGGAGGCGCUGAAUGUUGGGGGUGCUAUGCCCAUGCCUAUGCUAAUGCUCUCGGUUAACCCGGACAAAAUCGAGCUCGUCAUCUUCACAUGCAAGUACACGAUUGAAACUUACAGGGUAUCUAGACUUUCUGACACAACCCUGGAGGUGAAGGACUCAGUUAAAUACCUCUGCGUUGUCCUUGAUAUGAAGCUUACCGCACUUCUGCUUAGGCUUGCAUAUGCCGCGUUGGUCCGGUGGCCUAAGGUGGAGCAAGCAGGGGCGAAAAAGGCCUUGGAAAGAAUUUGGGGACUCAUAACAAAGUUGACUACAGGAGCUCUGAGGACAACUACUACCAAAGCACUAGGAAUACUGGUCGAAGUAGAACCCUUCCACCUCACGAUCAUCUGCGAGGCAAUCAAGGCCGCCCAUAGACUCAAUGACUAUGGGCAGUGGAAACAGGAGACGAGACACAGUUAG